CUCCGGGUCUCACACCUCAGUGGUUUUAUCCAAACCAGUGUUUCCGUCUCUGUCCGACAUCAAACCAUGUAACCGACAGAGUUCGGGGACAUUGAGGCUCCUCGGUGUCACCCGAAAACCAAACUAAACGGCAACAAAGCAACGCAGCGACUAUGAGUUUUCCCCAUGGAGCAUAACUGGGGUAAAAUACCGAGUUAGUGGUGUUGAAGGAAACAACUUUAAGAGCUCUGGGCCCUGCAGACGCCAUCACAGACGUAAACACACACCCAGACGUGAGAAUUACCCAGUGUUGUGGACAGGAAAACAACAUGGCCUCCAGCACACCACCUGGGAAUCCCCCCAGCGGCCUCACGGACAGGACCGGUAGCUUCUUUAAGCUGAUUGACACAUUUGCGUUGGAGAUUGGGGAGCUGAAGAAGGAGAUGGUCCAGACCUCUCCAACAGUUGACAAGGAGCCCAUGGACCUACAAGGGCUGGAGAGUGAAGUGAGUGGUGUUUAUCUGCAGCCCCCUCACUGUAGCGGGGUGGGGGGUGAAAGGGAUUCUGGGUACGACUCCUUGCGGAGGAGGAUGAGCGUCUUGGACAGGCUAACUCAAACCCACCCAGUGUGGCUGCUGCUGGCAGUCAGUGAAGAGGAGGCCAGUCGCAUACUGCUCAAACAGCCACCAGGGGUGUUCCUGGUCAGGAAGUCAGCCGCUCUGCAAAGAAAGGUUCUGUCUGUGCGUCUGAAAGAGGAUCAGUCAGGAACUCCCAUAAGCCACUUCCCUGUCAGAGAGAGCCAGUACACCUUUUCUCUUGAGGGAUCUGGGAUCAGCUUUGCAGAUCUGUUUCGCCUGGUGGCUUUCUACUGUAUUAGCAGGGAUGUUCUGCCUUCCACACUCAAACUACCAGAGGCCAUUGCAUCUGCUAAGACCCAGAAAGAACUGGAGGAGGUGGCUCAGCUUGGCACAGGCUUCUGGGACUCUGCCCUGUGCAGUCAGCGUCGCACCAGUCCCCGUCCCUGUCGCCCUCUGAGCCGUACCCUCAGCCCCCAGCGAACUAACAAGAACAGGGAGGUCGAGGGGUCACAGCAGAGACACGCUGGGGCUCACUGCGACAGUGCACCCCCGACCCUACGGUCCCACGCUCCUCCACCUUCCUUUCGUCUAGAGAGAAGACAUUCCAGUGGUCCUCUGUGCUUUGUCAACCCCCUGUUUCUCCAGACUCAUCACCAUCACCACCACUGUGAGGACGAACUACCUUCACAUGCUGUCAAGUCCGAUAACAACGUAGACAAUGCGGGGAAAGCAUCCGUGAAGCCAUUAAGCAGCAGUCAAGGUAGCGAGCAGCACGUGGACAAGAUCAAACUGAACGGCAAAUCUCAGUCCCCUCCCCUCGCCCCCUCCCCACGCUCAAUGCCACGCCGUCGCCCUGCCCCACCUCCACCUGGACCUCCAGCAGCUACCACCAGACCCAAGAGCAUGCCAGAGGCCUUUGCUGUGUCUGUAAGACAACAACAGUCCCCCAGCCGGCGCCCAGCACCCGCUCGACCACCAAUGGGUGCCAAGCAUAGCAGCCCAUCCAAAACUGCUAGCUCACCAAUCCCUGUCCCUUCAAACCCACCACCUCCAAGGCCUAAGAAGCCUGAUAUGGAAGCUCACCGCUGCCACAAUGCCCUGGAUGAUGAGACCAUCGCCAAGGCUUUGUCCCGUGCCAAGCUUCCACCCUGCAAGCCUUCACCUGCUGUCCCUGCUGAUGUACUACUGGAAAAAAGCGCUGGGAAUCCAUCCAUUCCUAAUGAGAGGGGACACCAGCGGCUCAGUGACAUGAGCAUGUCUACUUCUUCCUCUGACUCACUGGAAUAUUCACAGUCUCCUGGAUUCUCCCUGGGCCUGGCCCCUAGCCCAUCCCGACACCUUAAUCAUCAAGACCCAGUGGAAGACAGUAGUGAAGAUGAUGAGGAUGGGGAAGAAGAAGAGGAGGAAGACUAUGGAGUCGGUCUGGAGACGGACCUAGAAAUGCGCCUCCGUCCAUCCUUCAAAGCACGCCGCCGAAGGGUCGGUGUCAGCCUGAGUGGUGGCUCUUUUAUCCUCCCCAGGGCCCUGAAGGGACGCUUCCGCAAGGUGAGCGGCAUGCUCAGCUCCCUCAUGACCCCAGAGAGACGGGCGGUGAAAAGGAUCGCUGAGCUGUCCAGGGACAAAACUUCAUAUUUUGGCUCCCUGGUCCAGGACUACAUCAGCUUUGUUCAGGAGAACCGAGGCUGUCACACAUCAGGGAUGGAUUUUCUGCAGACUGUCAGGCAGUUUAUGACACAGAUGAAGGCUUACCUGCGCCAGAGCUCUGAGUUGGACCCUCCUAUAGAGUCACUCAUACCUGAAGACCAGAUCGACCAGGUGCUAGAGAAGGCCAUGCACAAGUGUGUCCUAAAGCCUCUGAAGAGUGUGAUCGAGGUGGCUUUACAUGAUUUCCAGGUGAGCAGCGGAGCUUUGCAGCAGCUGAGGGAGAACCUGGCCCUGGCCAAGACCAAGAAGCCCCAGGAGCUAGGGGUGGACGGAGCUGUGCCCCCUGACCCUGUGGCUAUUGAGAAGAUCCGCCACAAGUUCCUAAACAUGAGGAAGAUGUACUCCCCUGACAAAAAGGUGUCACUGCUGCUGCGCGUGUGUAAACUCAUCUACACCAUCAUGCAGGAUAACUCAGGGAGGAUGUACGGUGCCGAUGACUUCCUGCCCAUGCUGACUUAUGUCGUGGCUCAGUGUGACAUGCCUCAGCUGGACACAGAGAUCCAGUACAUGAUGGAGCUGCUGGACCCAUCUCUGCUGCAAGGAGAGGGGGGCUACUACCUGACCAGCGCGUACGGAGCCAUGGCCCUCAUCAAGAACUUCCAGGAGGAGCAGGCAGCCCGGGUGCUGAGCUCCGAGGCCAGGAACACUCUGCACCAGUGGCACCGCCGGCGCACCACCCAGCGUUCAGUGCCGUCCGUGGACGACUUUCAGAACUAUCUCCGUGUAGCGCUGCAGGAAGUGGGCACUGGCUGCACAGCCAAAACCCUGGUCGUCCACCCUUACACAACCACAGAGGAGGUCUGCUCACUCUGCGCUUACAAGUUCAAGAUCCCCGACCCUGAGAAAUACGCACUGUUUCUGGUCACUGAGGACACCAGCCAGCAGCUUGCCCCGGACACACACCCUCAACGAAUCAAAGCCGAGCUCCACAGCCGGCCUUGUGCACAGAUCUUCCACUUUCUCUACAGGAGGGUGCCUAACCUUAACCUCUGUAUUCCUGCCGUCUUGCACAAUAGAAACUGCCUUCAUGUUGAAUAGUGGAGGAGAAUGAAACAGCUUGCUUCACUUUAUCCUAAACAAUAGUUAUGUUUUGUGGUAUUUUCGUGGCGCUUGUAGAUGUUUGUUUUGUAGAUAGAUUUGAGGACGUCUGAAUGGAAACAGAAACCAAGCUGUAUAUUGGCAUAUUGAUGCAGAUAGAAAAUGUCAUAUCAAUCAAUCAAAUUAGGGAUGCCCUCGCCCCGGAAGCUCAUCUGGUAGUAGCCAGUCGCCAAUCGCGAAAACCGAUCGAGGACACACAUUUCAUUUGUUUACUAGCAGAUCUUGACCUCUCCAAUAUGGCGACCGCGCAGACACAUAGCGGCGACAUACAGCAGGCACCCUUCCAGUCAAGAUGGCCAAACUAACAAAAACGAGAAUAGAGAUGCGAGGUCCCUCCCCUUCCAGUGUCCCCCAUGGGACCUUUUUCAUGUCUUCGCCUCUCCAUGUUGUGACAGGUAGCCAGUAGAUGCCACUUUAUACUACCUUAAUAUCAAUUUCAAGGACUUUUUAAGCACUUUGUUAAAAAAGGUUCAUGGUAUCACGCCGGUAUCGGCGGCAAAAAACGUGAUCGGGGCAUCCCUAAUGCAAAUGAUAAGGUGAUUUAUUUUUAUGAAGAGCCACCAAAGGGUAGGAUGGACUCUGAAAAGUGCUGGUGUUUCACUCAAACACCUCAAGACUGUGGCUCAGAUUUGGGUCAGAAAGCAAAGAAUGGGAGGUUUGUUGCAAGUUUAGUUCAAGUUAUCAGCAAUUUAACCAUUUAGAGCCCAUUUGGCCCUUAUCUGGUUUGAGUAGGCUGUAUGCUGAGUGGAAAUUGUUGGAUCGUGUAUAGAGGCUGGUUUGCAGGAUUUUUAGUGCGUGAAGUGUUAUAUGGAGGUGAAGUCCUUCAGAUUGAUGGACAUCAAAGACCUCAAUGCAGAGCUCAUAUUAAAAUACAAUUUAAUAUUGCAUUUUAUGUAACUAACGUUUGCCUUAACUGCUGUUACCCCAGGUGCCUUAGAAAGGAAUUGAACAUACCGUGUGCUACUGAAAGCUUUCAGCUGUCAUCCAGUGAUUAGUCAGCUUUCAUCAAAAUGGCCCAGAUAAGAACUUCAUGCUAAAACAAUGAUUUAAUAAGUUAAAUGUUAUGAUUGUUUUAUGUUUAUUUUCUGCAAUUGCUGGUCAGUUGUAGCUUGUAUGUCUGUGUAGAAAUAUUUUUAUAUUCAAAUGUUUCCUUUUUCAUCACUAAAGUGACAAAGAUUUGUAUUCUGAUUUAAUAUUUCUGUACUGGACUCAAUAGUGGACUUGGAUUUAUGCCAGUUAUUUCUCAAAAGUCAAUAAAAAAAACACAGUUUCACUGUU